GGAUGGUAGACGGUCGUACUCACACAGACCCACUACUCUUCUUUUUCAAUGAGUCAACAAGAGAAGGCAUGUAUUGUGGAAAAAGCGGUAAAGUUUCUGACGUACGUUUGAAUGCGUUCACUCUGUGUUCAUAAUUUUCAGUCAAAAAGAGAAGGCAUAUAUUGUGGAAAAAGUGGUAAAGUUUCUGUCAUGUAUUGUGGAAAAUUCAUUGCGCGUUGGAGACAACUGUAUACGCGUGUUCCACUCCCACUUCCACUUACACAUAGGAUGGUAUCAUGGUAGUACUCACACAGACACAAAACUUUUUUUUUGAGGUUGGCCUCUCACCCCUCUCUCAGCCAUAUUGCCACCGCUGCUGCUGCUCUGCUUCUUCUUCACAGCCACCGCUGCCGCUGUUCUGCUUUUUCUUCGCCGCCCAGCUGUCGCUACUGGUUCUUCUUCUUCACCGCUACGCCUUCUUCUUCUUCUUCCCCGCUGCUGCUGCUGAUCCCAUCAAUGGCUUCCUUGAACAAUGAAGGAGCUAGCUUUUCUUCUUCCACUCGCCAAUGGGAGUAUGAUGUCUUCUUGAGUUUUAGAGGUGAAGAUACUCGCGAAGGUUUUACCAGCCACUUAUAUAAGGCUUUGUGCAACAAAGGCAUUAACACCUUCAUUGAUGAUAUUGAUCUUCCGAGGGGAGAAGAAAUUUCGAAAAAACUUAUCCAAGCCAUCAAAAAUUCAUCGAUUUUGGUUAUUGUCUUCUCUGAAAAUUACGCAGAGUCUAAAUGGUGCUUGGAUGAACUUGCUGAGAUUGUUGAGUGUAUAGAAAAGGACCAGGAGGUUCAAAUUCGUCCAAUUUUUUUCAAUGUUGAUCCAUCAGAAAUACGAAAUCAAAAUGGAAACUUUGGAAUUACAGUGGCUAAUCAUGAAAAGAAGUUCAAGAAUAACAAGGACAAGGACAAGGUGCAGAGGUGGAGGGAUGCUCUAAAAAAAGCAGCUAAUGCAUCUGGAUGGCAUUAUAAGAAAGGCUGUGCUCCAUAUAAAUCUGAAUCUGACUUCAUCCAAAACAUUGUUGAAGAGAUAGCAAAUGUUAGAUUAAAUUGGGCGCCAUUAUAUGUUGCUAAAUACCCAGUUGGAAUAAAAUCUCGUGUAGAGGCCAUAGAGUCACUUUUAGAUAUUGGGCUAGAUGAAUUUUGCGUGGUAGGGAUUCAUGGCCUUCCCGGAGUAGGAAAGACUACAAUCGCAAAAGCUGUUUAUAAUAAAAUUGCUAAUCGUUUUGAUGGAAGCAGCUUUUUAGAGAAUGUUAGAGAAAAUUUGGGGACAGAUGCUGGCAUAAUCACACUACAAGAGCAACUUCUUAAUGACAUCUUAGGGGAUAGAAAUUGGCAAGUGGGCAACAAAUUUAAAGGAAUCAGUUUAAUAGAGAAGAGACUCUGCUGUAAAAAGGUUUUUUUAAUUCUUGAUGAUGUUGAUGAUUUGACGAGAAUUGAAAAUUUGCUUGGACAAUGUAAUUGGUUUGCUCCCGGAAGUAGAGCCAUUAUAACAUUACGAGAUAGACACUUGUUAACGGCCCUUAAAGAAAAUGUUUGUACAACUUACAAGGUCAAGGAAUUUAAGGUCGAGCAAUUAAACAAACACGAAGCUCUUCAACUCUUUAAAGAGCAUGCCUUUCCUAGAAACAAACCUCAUGAUGAAGAUUAUUCUAAACUUGCGACUAAAUUCAUAGAUUUUGCCAGUGGCCUUCCACUUGCUCUAGAAAUAAUUGCUCGUGAUUUGUGUGGAAGACCUAAAGAUGAAUGGGAAAGUGCAUUAGAUAUGUAUAAGAAAAUUCCCAAGGAGGACAUUCAAAAGAAACUUCAAGUGAGUUAUGAUGGAUUGCAAGACACCGAGAAAGAUAUUUUUCUCAAUAUUGCAUGUUUCUUCAAAGGACGGGACAAAGGUAAUGUUGAAAAGAUAUUAGAAGCAUAUGAAUUAUAUCCAGGUUAUGGUAUUUCGAGACUUGUUAAUAAGUCUCUCAUAACCGUUGAUGGAUUUGGUAGAUUGUCAAUGCAUGACUUGAUACAACAAAUGGGCAGGGAAGUUGUUCGACAACAAAAACCAGACAUCCUCGGAAAACGUAGUAGGUUAUGGUCUUAUAAGGAUUCACUUGAAGUACUGACUAGAAAUAAGGUAUCAGAAAAAAAUCGAAGCAUAAUGUUGCAUUCGCCCAACCCAGUAAACUUGCAACUACACUCGAAAGCUUUCAAAAAGAUAGAAAAUCUCAAAUUUCUAUCAGUUGAGAAUGUAAAUAUUUAUGAACCACUUGAAUUUCUUCCCCACAGUCUAAAAGUUUUUAAGUGGUCCAAUUAUCCUUUUCCUGGGCUAUCCGAAUAUUUUCCUGAACAACUUGUUGCUAUUGAGAUGCCACAUAAUUGCAUUAGACUGCCAAAGCUAAUCACGCAGGAGCUUCGGAUAGAAAAUUUGAUACAUGUCAAUCUCAGUGAUUGUGAAUUUAUUACGGAAUUACCUAAAUUAUGGGCCCCAAAUUUAGAGAGUUUGAAGCUCGAUGGUUGUAAAAAUUUAGUUAAAUUAACUGAAUUAGGGGCCCAAAAUUUAAAGUUCUUGAACCACUUUUAUUGUGAAAAUUUAGUUGAGAUUGAUGAAUGCUUUGGAUCUCUUGAAAAGCUUACAUAUUGGGGUCUCUCAGGUUGUAGUAAACUUCAAAUUCUUCCAAGCCAGCUUAGGUUGAAAUCUCUUCGUUCUUUUUAUCUUUCUGGCUGCACAAGCCUUGAGAAGUUCCCUAAUUUUCAUCCAGAAAUGGAAUGUUUACAGUAUUUAUCAUUAGAUGAGAGUGGUAUUAGAGAGGUGCCUUCAUCAAUCGAGCAUCUCACUAAGCUUGAAAGAUUAAGCCUCUAUAAAUGCAAAAACCUUGGGGAUCUUCCAGAUAGCAUUUAUAAAUUGCAACAGCUUCGGUACUUGCAGACUCAUACUGCCAAAUUGAGACCGACGUGCGAUUCUUUUGAUGGCUCUUCCGGAUAUGGGUUUGUGAACAUGACAAAAUUGAAUCUACGUGGAUGUGAAGGCAUAAUUGAAUUAGAUCUUUUGAUGAAGCCUAAUUACUUCCCCGCAUUGACAGAAAUAGAUCUAUCUUAUACCAAUAUUGUUACCAUCCCUGAAAGCAUUAGCAGAUUUCCCAGAUUAAUAGAACUUUUUGCUGAGGAUUGCAAGCUUCUUCAUGAAAUUCAAGGACUUCCACAAUCAAUAAGGCGGGUUUAUGUGUAUGGUUCCAUGUUGUUGAAUACCUCACCAAGCGGGCUAUUUAAUCAGGUAAUAGGAAUUAUUGGGAUUUUACCAAAUAGAGUAUGUGGUAGGGCAAGAAGCAACAAAUUAAUGGAUCUGCAGUUCUCCAAUAAUUUACCAUCUGAAACUAAGGCUACUGAAUGGGUUGAAUUUUGGGGAGAGAGCUUUGAUGGCUUUGAUCGUGAUAUUGCUUUUUCGGGAACUGAGAUGCUGAAAUGGUUUAAUCAUCAAAGUGUUGAUAACUCCAUAUCUUUCUUUGUUGGUCGCAAUUUUCCAAAAUUAGUUGUCUGUAUUGUUCCUGGACCAGAGCGCUUUCAUGGCUUCGUUGAAAUUUCCAUCAAUGGUUAUGAAAAUCGUGAAUAUCAGUCUAUCCGUCUACCCGGAAGUACACAAUUCCCAUGUUCACAAUAUUUAUUUUCUCUAACUCAAUGGUCUCUGCUGCAGAGACAUUUGAAUGAAUCAAAUCCCACUGACCAGAAUCUUGUUAAGGUUUCAAUUAGAUAUGAGUCAGAUGACACCUGUUAUUCUAUAAAAAUGUGGGGGGUCCACGUAGAAUGCACCUGUCCUCCUCAAGAAGAUGAUGCUGUUGAUUAUGGGUAUUCUAUAAAAUUUUCAAGUCAGGAAUAUGACCUAAAAAGAUUGUUAUUGUACUGUUCUCUGUUUCCGUUGGGUUAUGAGUUUGGAAAAGAAGAGAUGGUUCAGUUAUGGAUAGCUGAAGAGUUUAUCAAGGAGAGACAGAGAAUGGAGGUUGCUGGCUGUGAAUAUUUUGAUUAUUUGGUUGAAGUGGAAUUCAUACAAGACUCAAGAUAUGAUUACUCAGUGGAUUUUUAUUCUUUCUUGUCAGAUGAAUUUGAUUCUAACGGUGGGAAGAAGUUGUACAAAGUAAACGAAGCUCAGGCCUCUCUUCUUAAAAUGGCAAUUUCUGAGGGUAGUUAUCAGAGUGAAUUGGGUGAUAAGUUGGAUGUUGCCUCUGAAUUUGAUUCUAAUGGUGGGAAGAAGUUGUUCAAGGUAAACGAAGCUCAGGCCUCUCUUCUUAAAAUGGCAAUUUCUGAGGGUGGUUAUCGGAGUGAAUUUGGUGAUAAGUUGGAUGUUGCCUCUGAAUUGACACGGCAUUUGUCUUUGCCUUGUGAAAGCAUUAAUGAUCAGAUGGCCAUUGAGACUCUUAAGAGAUGCACAAAUUUGCGCACACUUCUUUUGCUCUCUGGUUGUGGUUAUAAUGUAAAACAAGUUCCUCGUGAUCUUUUCUUGAGCCUAAAGCUUCUAAGAACGUUGAACUUGAGACGAACCCUCAUUUCUGAAUUGCCAAGCUCUAUUGGAAAUGUAAAGUCUUUGCGAUAUCUUGAUGUCUCUAAUACGCAUAUUAGACGCUUGCCUGAAUCAAUAGAUUGUCUUUCCAAUUUACAGACUUUGAAACUCAAAGGUUGCUUGGACUUCGUUGCGUUACCAAAGAAUAUGAAGAAGCUAACCAAUCUAAGGCAUCUUGAGCUUGACAUAGUUCGGCAGCUGAUUUCCAUGCCCAAAAGAAUUGGGAACUUAACAAACCUUCAGACUUUGUCUGCAUUUCUUGUUGGUAGAGAUGACGAAUGUGGCAUCGAAGAGCUGAAGAACAUGACUGACCUUUGUGGAACAUUUUGUAUCUCAAGGCUGGAAAGAGUUUCAAGUUUGGAUAAGGCUAAGGAAGCUGCUUUGAUUGAUAAAAUGUAUCUUGAUAAGCUUGAGCUACGAUGGAGUGAUAUACGUGUUGUGAAUCCUGAAGAGGAAGAAGAAAUCCUUGAGAGUCUUCAACCCCAUUCAGGCCUCAGAGAGAUACAGAUACUAUUCUAUGGUGGCAUCAAGAUUCCAAGUUGGAUCUGUAAUCCAUCUUUUGCUGAUCUUGUUUCUAUAACCCUCUACAAGUGUAGAAAUUGUGAAUUCCUCCCAUCUCUUGGGGAUUUACCAUCACUGAAGUUCCUCUUUAUCAGAGAAAUGAAUGAGGUAAAAAAAAUUGAUCACCAAUUUUGUAGAAAUGGUUCAGACAAAGGGUUUGCAAAAUUAGAGAAACUGGAGAUCAAUGUCAUGCUGAAUUUGGAAGAGUGGAUGGGAGUGGAGAAUGGUGACUUGCCGGUCCUACGUAAACUCACUGUGGAAUAUUUUCCAAAACUCAUUGCUCUUCCAUCACUUUCAUGCCUCAUCUCCCUCGAGCAUUUGGAAAUUAAGCAUUGCUCAAGGCUUCAGUGUCUGCCCAAUGAAGGACUUCCAACUUCACUGGAGUUUCUACUGAUAAAAGGUUGCCCUGAACUAAAAGAACGGUGCUGCAAGGAGGAAGGUCUUGAUUGGGGCAAGAUAGAACACGUGCCUAAUAUAUGGAUUGAUCAUCAAGAGAUUUCUUCGAGUUGAGGAUUUUGGUAGAGCAGUGUAGGGAAAUAUUUGUGUUUAAUUUGAAUGCUUUAUAUUUUUACUGUAACUUAUGGUGUUCCUGUGAUCUUGCUACUUGGAGUAACUCUUGCUUUGCUAUGAUUAAAAUGAUUCACUAAAUUGUUU